GACACCGUCGACUAUGGGUGUGUGCUCAACAUCGAUAUACAUUCAAUUUCGUGUGAUGUUCACGAGUGAGAACAACAAAAAACAAAACGUGCAAACGACUUUUUCGUCAGUUAAGUAAGUGAUACGUAAGUGUGAAGAAUAUUUUAUCGCAGCAAGCAAGUUGGGUCGAGUGAAUUGUAAAAAAAAAAAUAUAUAUAUCUUCGUCGACAUUUUUUGUUCAAAUUUCGGUGUGUUUUUAUUUUAAAUUGAAAAAUUGUGUGAGAUUCAAAAAGGAUUUAAGGAAUUCACAACAAUUUCAAUGUGAAUUUUUAUCUUCUAACAAAAAUCUCAUUUAAAAAUCUGCAAAGAGACAAAAAAAAAAUUAAUGUGGAAAAUUCCGGUGCACAGGAACUAGAAAGGGAAAAAGUGCCAUUACAAAAUAAACAUCCGUAAAAAAAUCAACAAACGUUCUUGAAACGUUGAGAGAACAAAUUUGAAACGGAAUUUUAUUGAAAUUUGUGUAUGAAACCAUGAAACCGACUGUGAUAAAUAAUAACAGUGAAAAUCCCCAUCAGCCCCAGCACGACCAACAAAAUGUGAAUCAUAAUCAAGCAAAUAAUGGUCAACCACCUACUGACCAUUCGCGACGAUUUCCACAAUUUCGGCAACAUGGUUUUGGUUUCGACGAUCCAGAUGGUGAUGUAUUUGCCGAUAUGGGAUUGCGAUCACGUUUGAAUCGUAUGGGAAAUCCAUUUGAUUGGAGUGCUCGUAAACGACGUGGAUCUGGACAAAAUUUGGCCGAUGCCCAUCAUUACUUUGAUGAUGUUGAUUUUCCAUUUGGUUCGACAUGGGAUGCAUUUGGACGUGUGGGCAAUAAACGACAUCCAGCUGGAGCAGCUGAUCGUAGUGGUUUCUUCGAUUAUGUUCCACCUGAAUUAAGACAAUAUGUGCCCGAAAAUUUCGGUGGAUAUUUUCGUGAUGAUCGUCAGCCCCCACACCAUCAGCAGCAACCACAACAACAUCACCAACAACAACAAAUGCCACCACAGCAACCACAAAUGCCACCGCAACAACAACAAGGCUAUCAACAAACCGGAUCAAAAUCGAAUCUUUGCGAUGCGGCCAUUCAAACAGACGAUCUUGGCGCUCAAAAUAAUGGCAACGAUCGCAGAGAAGGAUCCAACAACUCUGGACAUGAUAACCGAAAUGAUGGCAACGUAAAUCGUAGCUCAAGUGCAGCAUCGAGCUCGAGCACCUCGACACCAUAUGGAAAUCAAGUGCAUAUGUCAACAUCGGCCGAUGGACCCGGAGCUUAUGCGGGUGCAGCAGCCGGAAAUAAUCAAAAUCAAUAUUAUCAACAAAGUCCGAAUUAUGCACAUCAAACACCACAAUAUGGGCGCCAUUAUCAACAACCAUAUGGCCAACAAUAUCAAUAUUCACAAUCUCCACAACAAAAUCAAUUUUAUGCUCAAGCUCCGCCACCUCCACCACCACAACCACAACCGCAACAACAACAGCAGCAACAACAUACACCACAAGAAGGUUUUGUUCGAAAUGUACCCAUCGUACUUGAAGAAACUGGAACGCCAGUUAAUCGUAGCACUGAAACUGGCGCACCGCCACCAACUAAGACUCAAACAGGCCCGACCAAAACUAGACCAGAACCACUUAACAAAGAAUCAUUCGCAUCAAAUGAGCCAAUACCUUGUCCACCUCCGCCCGCGUCUCAGAAUCAACAAUCACAACCACAGCAUUCCGAUAAUCAAGAAAAUGCUGAUUUAGCGCCACCACAAACACCUCAUACCGCCGAUUGUAUAUCAAAAAUUCAAGCAAUUCAACGUGAUGUGUUGGAACUUAUGUUGGCUGUUGAACAAUUUGGUGGAAAACGCGGUGACAAAGAUUACAUCUACUUAGAUGAGAUGCUCACACGAAAUUUGCUAAAAUUAGACACAAUUGAUACAAAUGGAAAGGAAAGUAUACGAUUGGCACGAAGAGAGGCAAUCAAAUGUAUUCAAACAUCGAUUGCUGUGCUAGAAGCAAAAUCUGAUUUGCACUUGAAUGAAAAGAGAGAAAGCAUCGAUCAGACAAACAAGGAACAGGCCGAAGAUAGUGCCAGUACUGAAACCGGCACUGCGAUGGCACCAUCACCAGUAUCAACUGAAGAAAAACCAGCCGAAAAAAUGGAUGUUGAAAAUACAAAUACUGAACAAAGCGCAACGAAUUCCGAUGCGGCCACUGAUGCAAAUACCGAUAUUCCCAAAGUUGAAAAUAUUACCAUCGACGAUAAGACAAGCAAUGACAAUGAUAAACCAUCACCAACGCAAACCGAACUGGAAUCAAAACCAGAAGAAAAUAGUGCCACUUCAGAAAAUACAGCUGAUACUAAAAAUUAAGCGACUAUACUUGAUUAAAAUUGCGACAUUUUUCGUCUUUAUCAAACCAACUAGUUUUUAAAUGACAAUGAACAUAAUUUUUGUUUACACUGACCGAUAAAAAAAAUGAAAGAAAGAAAAACAAAUCUAAU